AUGUCCAGCGAUGGGGAUUCCGGUGCAGCAACGGCAGAAUGCCCUUCUCUGCCAUGGAAGCUGCUGUCCUCUACUACCAUGCUCGGCGUGAGUGCGCUGUGUCGCGGGUUUCUGUAUGGGUUGAGCCACCCCGAGGUCCAUGGCUUGGAGUCGUUUUUGGAGCUUGUUGAGUCGAGGAAGGAUCCGGCUCAGAGGUCAAGGGGGCUGCUCACUGUUUCUAAUCACACGAGCGUAAUGGAUGAUCCGAUUAUGUGGGGAGUUCUGCCCAUGCGAUACCAUAUGAGAUUCCCGGCGACGAACAUGAGGUGGUCUUUUGGGAGUCAUGAUAUCUGCUACCAGGGCCGACCGUUGGCAUUGUUCUUCACAAUGGGCCAAGUGCUACCUACCCAUCGACUUGUGCACUCGCCUUUCGGUGGUCUUUCACAGCCUGCCGUGACCCAGGCAAUUCGAUUGCUGUCCAACGGACCUUUCCCGGUUGACUCCCACCGCGCUAAGCCCGAACGACAGGACUGGAGCAUACAGAACGUUUGCGUCGACCCAUUCUCAGACCUCCCUACUGCCUAUACGACGAACGGUCAGGAUUCGCAUCUGGCGCCCUCCGCUUAUUCCUGCAAUUCGCAUGCGUGGCUUCAUAUCUUCCCGGAGGGCAAGAUCCAUCAGGCACCGCAUAAGACGAUGCGCUAUUUCAAGUGGGGUGUUGCACGACUUAUCCUAGAAGCCAGCGAAUGCCCGGAUGUUGUGCCCAUAUGGUUGGAGGGAUUGGAUCAGGUUAUGCACGAAAGCCGCAAAUUCCCUCGAUUCCUGCCCCGAGUGGGAAAGAACAUCAGCGUCACAUUCGGGUGUAAGGUUGACACGGAUAUUGUUUUUGGCGAGUACAGAAGACGAUGGAAGGAACUCAAGGAGAAGGUUGAGAAGAGCUCGCCCUCAGCUCGUGAUCUGCCGCUCGGAGUCUUGAACGAGGAACUACUGUAUGGCGAUGAAGCAGUCGAGCUGCGCAGGGAAGUCACCAAAAAGAUUAGAGAUCUUGUAUUAGAUGUCCGGCGGACUAGAGGGCUGCCAGACGAGGAUCCCAAGGAAGGUCUUGUGGAGACAUGGAUCCAAGAAGGUCCUAAGCGUGAGGGUAAGAUGAAGGACGAUUCAUGGGUUCGGGAUAUUUGA